GCUGGCUGGGCUCUGCCAUGCCGGGUAGGUCAGAGUCACCUGAUGGCUUAGGACUCUGCCCACUGGCGCCUUGUGAGGGAAGGCCCGGCGGCAUUAUGACCCGCUCACCCAGCCCCAGGAGCCCUGGGGUAGGUAGGCAGGGUGUGGGGGUGAUGUAGGCAGAGUGGGCUUGGGGGUCUGUGGGCCCCGGUGGUCCUCGGGACCCCCAUGGCCAUGGCUGAGCGUCCAGUGCCCAGGUGGGCCUCGUAUCAAAACCCUCACACCAACAACUGCCAGGACCUCGGUAACUCCAUCCUGCUGCUGCUGAGUCUCGUCAUCGGCAUCAACAUUGGCAUCAAUAUGGUGACACUGCUCUGGCACAAGCUCCGCAGCUACUUACGCCAACUGUUCCAUAUUGUUUGUGAGAAAGAAGCUAAGUCUAGCCCACCUGAGAAGCAGAGCUCCCCUGCUGUCCACCUCCGAUGCAUAUUGGACCCUGUGAAAAUGACCGUCACCCCCCCACCCACCCGCCGCCAUCACCGUCGCCACCGCUCCUCAGUGCGCCGCUCCCACUGCCCUGUAGCUUGGGCCCCCGAUGCCGACGAUGAAGAGAAAACCCCACCCCAGCAGCCACCAAACUGUUCCCAUAAUCGGGAUGGCCCCCCAAACUGGGAGAGCUUCCAGUCCACCACCCAGGAGUUCUGGGCCCCCUGGGCUCCGGAGGCCCCAGAGCUACCUUCUCAGACUAUUCGCUUCCAGCAGACUUUAGAGGGAGGGCCCCUCAAAACAGAGAUGCAGUCAGAGCUAGGCCUGGAGGCCUAUGUGUACCCUGUGAACCCCCCACCUCCUAGCCCUCAGACCCUGAGCCACAGGAACAGUGGAGGAGGGGCAGGGGCCGAGGCCCAGCAGGACUUUUGCCAAACAGAGACGCCAGCCUCCACAGCGCCCCCACCUAUCCUGGGCCCUGCAGUCAUCCCCGAAAUCCCCAGGCGCGGCUCCUCAGCCAGAAUAGUGUACGAUGCCCAAGACGUGAGGCGGCGGCUUCGGGAGCUGACCCGGGAGGUGGAGGCACUGUCCCACUGUUACCCCAUGCCCUGCGGGCCCAACACAGCAGAUGGGAAGGACAGCAACUGGGUAUACCAGCCUCUGAUAGAAAGGUGACUGGGAGAAUAAAAAGAAGAGAGGAAGUG